AUGGCGGUCCCAAUCCCAUUCACGAACCUUCAGCCGCCGCCAUUUACGAACCUUCAGCUGCCGCCAUUCACGAACCUUCAGCCACCGCCGAUGACAAAAAUAAUUUCAUAUCCCUUUCCUUCAAUCAACAGGUUGAAGUUCAAUACACGGCCCAACAGAACCCUAACCCAUCUCAACUGCUUAACUUCCCUCCAACCAUCACCAUCCUCUCCGCAUUCCGAUUCAACCUCAUUCCAGGUCUCCUACCUCAUCAACACUUUCGAUUUCUCCCCUCAAUUCGCUUCCAAACUUUGCUCCAUCCGCCGUCUUUGUUUCAAAACCACCGAAAAACCUGACUCUGUUACCAACUUUUUUAGAAACUACGGUUUCUCAAAUUCCCAGUUACGCGACAUCAUUGCCAAGGCACCAUGGCUGCUUUCCUGCAACCCCUCCAAAACGGUGUUGCCAAAGUUUCAGUUUUUUCUCUCCAAAGGUGCUUCUAACUCUGACAUUGUUUGCCUUGUCAGUAAGAACCCUCAAAUCUUGUCUUCUAGCUUGGAAAAGCAUAUAGUCCCAACAUAUGAAAUGCUUUAUAGAUUCAUGCAAUCAGACAGGGACCUUAUUGCUUCUGUAAUUUCGAAUCCAGAGUUACUCUGGGGCAGUCAUGUGCGGCUAAACAUUACAAUGCUGCUUGAGAAUGGAGUAUCUGACUCAAAUAUUAUGAGAAUUUUUCGAACCAGGAAUCGGGCAUUGCAGAGGGAUGACUUGCUGAGUUUAUUGGAGGAAUUAAAAGAUUUGGGGUUUAAUCCUUCGAAAACAACUUUUGGUGUAGCAUUCAUUGCCAAAACAUCCGUAAACAAAAUCAAGUGGAAGGAGAAAGUUGAUGCCUUUAACAAGUGGGGUUGGUCCGAUGAAGAUGUUGUCAAAGCUUUUAAGAAGCAACCUCAUUGUAUGUUAAAUUCCAUUGAGAAGAUUAAUUUAGUGAUGGAUUUCUGGGUAAAUCAAUUGGGCUGGGAUGCUCUGGUCCUUGCCAAACAUCCCAGUAUUUUUUCCUCAAGUUUCGAAAAAAGGAUCGCUCCAAGGGCCUUGGUUGUGCAAUUUCUUCGUAAUAAUGGUUUGAGAAAUAAGAACGCAAGCUUAGCUUCUCCAUUUUCAUUGCCUGAGCAGGAGUUUCUUGAUAAGUUUAUAAAACGUUAUGAGAAGGAGUCUUCUUUUCUAUUAAACUUGUAUGCAGGGACAAAACUUGCAUCUCAUGAUUAG